GCCCCGCCGCUUGCAGAGCUCCGGCGCCCGCCUCCGCCUCCGCGCGGGAUCCCGGCCCCGCGCAGUUGUACUGCGAGGGCAGAGUCGGGAGGGCGGGUGACAGUCAUGCGUUCUGCUUUCCUUCCGAUCGCGGCGUUAGCAAAAGCUAGGUGAGGAGACCAGGAGGAUGCGUCUGCUCCUUUAAGAUCUACUCCUGGCCUCCCCUGGAGGACAGUUUCGUGCUUACAAAGCACCUUUUGGAACUUAACUGUUUUCGUCUCAUCUUUCCUAACAUAUAACGGUCUAGCUAUGUUAUCCAAGGUGGCCUUGAACUUCUGUGCUGAAGGAGUCCUCCUGUCUCAGCCUCCCCAGUAGCUGGGACUACAGAGAUCCAGAGAUUCCAGUUGUGAUCAAGUUGGGACACAGACCCUUGUUCUUUCCCCAUGAGGAGCAGCCUUUAUGAACAGCAACACUGACAGAACUAUUUUGGAAAAAGUUUCAUGGCUUGGAGCCUAGGUUGGAAAGUUCCCAGGAACCAUUGGGGUUUCCUUCUGAAGACUAUAAGAAGCAGUGGAUUCCCCCUGUUACCCUGGGACCACUGUCCCUGGAGAAGAGCAGGAAGCUUUUGGGACCCUAGAAUGAAAGCUUUCCUAGAGGAGAACACUGAAGUCACCAGCAGUGGCAGCCUCACCCCUGAAAUCCAGUUGCGGCUUUUGACUCCUAGAUGCAAGUUCUGGUGGGAAAGAGCUGACCUGUGGCCCCACAGUGAUCCUUAUUGGGCAAUCUACUGGCCAGGAGGCCAAGCCCUGUCUAGGUAUCUUUUGGAUAAUCCUGAUGUUGUCAGAGGAAGAUCUGUAUUAGAUAUUGGAAGCGGAUGUGGAGCUACAGCUAUUGCUGCCAAGAUGAGUGGAGCAUCUAGAAUCUUGGCCAAUGACAUAGACCCUAUUGCAGGACUAGCUAUUACACUGAAUUGUGAGUUGAACAAGCUGGAUCCUGUUCCCAUUUUAACCAGAAACAUUUUGAAUUUGGAACAAGACAAGUGGGAACUUGUUGUACUUGGAGAUAUGUUUUAUGAUGAAGACCUUGCAGACAGUCUUCAUCAGUGGUUGAAGAACUGCUUUUGGACCUAUGGAACUCGAGUACUGAUUGGUGACCCUGGACGGCCCCAGUUCAGUGGACACAACAUUCAGCAUCAGUUGCACAAAGUGGUAGAAUAUUCACUUCCAGAGCCUACCAGGCAAGAAAACAAUGGACUAACAACAAGCACAGUGUGGGAUUUUCGGCCUUGAAGUUAUCAAAGUGCUUUCAAAUAUGAAUGUAGGUCUGUUUGGAUUUAAUCCUGAAAGUUUUGUCUACUGAAGAUAACUUUAUUUUAAAGAAUGCAGUUCCCAUUAAAUGGAAAAUCUUGUUUCCAAAACAUGAAGGUUAAAAAUGUUGUCAGCCUUUGUCAUUAACUAAUUCUGCAUUUCUAUGCAUGUCAAUUACAGAAAUCUCUAACUGUAAUUUUCAUCUGGUUUUCUGGAAUAUGAUUAUAGAAAGUAAACUCAGUGGUGGUAAUGUUUAAUCCAAAUAGUGGGGAAGAAUUAAAUAUCGUAGCACAAUCUGUUUCUAUAAGAUGAGGACCCUUGUGAUAUACCUUUGAAUUAAACAGAAUAGGAAUAUUUAUUUGUUUAAUUGGUACUGGGGAUUGAAUCCAGGGGUACUUAACCACUGAGCUAUACAUCUCCAGUCCUCUGCCCUUUUAUUGUUUUGUUUUUUGCCCAAGUUAAAAUGUUUGAUUUUAAUGACUAAUAAUUAGUAUUACCUUCUUAUUGUUGAGACAGUUUCACUAAGUUGCCAAGGAUGACUGCAAACUUGUGAUCCUCUGCCUUUGUUUUCUAAAUCCCUGGGGUGAACCCAGCAAGAACACUGUACUUAAAGUCCAGCAUAGUUGUAUAUGCCUAUAACCCCAGUGACUGGGAGGCUGAGGCAGGAGGAUGGUAAGUUCUAGGUCAGUCUGUGAAACACAGUGAGAUUCUGUCUCAAAAAUAAAAAACAAAAAGGGCUGGGGAUAUA